AUGGAGUUGCUGCCAGAAGGAUGUAUUGCUGCCAUAUUGUCUCGUACCACUCCGGUGGAUGCCGCCAGGCUCUCCCUGGUUUCUAAGAUCUUCCGCUCCGCUGCCGAUUCCGACGCUGUUUGGGAUCGUUUUCUCCCUUCUGAUUCUCAUUCCAUUGUUUCCCAAUCUCUUUCUCGUGCUAACGCUUCAUCAAAGAAACGCUUCUACCUCGAUCUCUCUGAUCACCCUGUCGUCAUCGACAAUGGUAAAAAGAGCUUUCAACUGGAUAAAAAGAGUGGGAAGAAGUGUUUCAUGCUUGGUGCUAGAGCUCUAUUCAUUGCUUGGGAUAACGGUGAUCACUACAGGUGUUGGACAACGCUCCCAGAGUCAAGGUUUCCUGAUGUUGUUGUGCUUCGGCAUUUGCUGUGGCUUGAAAUUCAUGGGAUGAUAAACACAUUUUCCUUGUCCCCAAAUACUCAGUAUGGAGCUUUUCUUGUAUUCAAGAUUAUCGAUGCCCCAAAUUUUCAUGAAGUUCUUGUGGUGUUAUCAGUCAACAACAUAGGCGGUCAUAAUAUUACCAAAAUUGCCUAUUUGAAUCCAGACUCAUUGGAAGGCGAGGUGCACGACCGAUGGGAUAGAGUACAAGGUCCGAGUGUGAGAAGCGAUGGGUGGUUGGAGAUUGAGAUGGGCGAGUUCUUCAUUUCAGGCCUAGAAGAUGAAGAAGUUGAGAUGAGUGUCUUGCAGAUAGAUGGUUGUUUUAAUGUCGGUCUCAUUAUUGAAGGAAUAGAAGUUAGGCCUAAGAAUGACAAUUAA